AUGGUGAUUCCCUCGAGGAAGGACGAGGAGAGUCGAGCGACGCGAGCGAUGGACACGCGCGAGCUCAUCGAACAUCAAACGGCGCAGAUUCGAGGGCAAGAUGACGCGUUAGAGGGGUUGGACAAAUUGGUCGAAAACUUGAAGACGACGAGCGAGGCGAUUCACGGCGAAGUCGUGCUGCAGGCGAAAUUGGUGGAGGAUUUAGAAGCGGAUUUCUCGCACACGAGCGAUAGAAUGAAAAAGUUACGCAAGCAGGGAUUCAAACUUGCCGGUGAGAAGAACGAGGAAGAGCGAGAGAGGCUCGAUCGGAACGAAGUCAUCGAGGAGAUGCGAGCGAAGCUUGGUCGCGAGCAGCGCGCGGCGGAGAGCGCCGACGGCGGUUGCGUGGUACAAUGA